ACUCACGAGUCACGACUUUCGGUUCUGGAACCAGUUUUGCUUAUGGAUAAAAAUUUAAUGGGGUGCGAUUCUCUGGAAUCGCUUGCCAUUCAUGUUUACGUCUGGGAAUAUUUGUAAACCGACUUUUCGGGGCGUGACUAUCAUAAAUUUCUUUGAAGAAGUUCAAGGAAAUCAACUACGUCGAGCUGCUGCCACAAAACCAUGUGCGGAAAACCACGGAAAACCCCCUCGAAUUGCGAGUUGAUAGUGUUCUGGUGUAAUUAAUUAAAAUAUAUUGUUGAAAUACGAAUCGAAAGCAGCGUACUGCUCCUAACGCUUAGGCUUAUGCAAAUCGAUUUCGAUUCGGAUCGAACCAAGUGCCGGACUAUAUAAGCAGCAUGAGAGUCGAUCCGGUAAUCUAUCUAUCGUCUUUAAUAUGAAGUACCUGACGUGUGUGCUGCUCCCGUUGGCUUUAAUUCCGGCUCUGAUCGGCGCUCAUCCCAGCACAGUGGUGGUGAAUGGCGUCUGUCUGACUUGUCCCAAUCCGAAUGGGGAGCCCGUCUACCUGGAUGGCCAGGAGUACCGCAGCUUCUCCUCAUCCCCUGGCGAUGGUAAUGUGGUCAUUUCCCGUGGAAAUGACGGUAGGGGCGGUGGAGGUGGCACCAUUUACCGGAGGGGUGGUAACACCAUCGUCAAUGGCAGGUGCCAGCACUGCAAUGUGGAUCUCUAUUAAAGGCUUAAACAAUAAAGCCUGAAUAUUGAAUUAAAAUUGCGCACAUAUCGAUCAAUCCAUUUCAUACUUACUUGGCUAUGUACGACAUCAUUUAGCUAACAGCAUUGACAAUCGUUCAACCCAGUCUCUCUUCGAAUUCGAUGAAUGUGAUGGUUUCGAGUGCAGAGGGCAUCAUCUGAUGGAGCAAAAAAUGGAUAAAAAUGGAUUUGUUGCCACGAAGUACACGUGGAGAAACAUGAAAUAUAUGAGUUAUUUUAGCUCUGCGAGCUGUCUGUU